AUGACGUCUUGCCUCAGCUGGCUGCAGGUGCCCCGGUUUAGGAGAAGCACAACCAUCUUGUCCGCGCUGAUUCUCGCCAUCGUCACAAUCGUGCUGCUUGCCAAUCCUUCGUCGGAUCUCAGGGCCAUUGGACACUCAAAACCGGUGUCCGAGGCACUGGCGCCCCGAUAUCCUCGCUGCAGCGAUCGCACAGACGCCAACAUCACUUGGCCUCUGGAAUCAUGGCGGGACGCGGCCGAAACCAAGUUUGGCGGGCUGAUGGAUGACAAGUUUACGAUUGCCAUGUCCACCUUCCAUCGCCCAAAGGAGCUCCACCGCACCUUGAACGUGCUCCUAUCCACCAAGAUCCCAUCGCUGCACGAAAUCGUCGUUAUUUGGAACAACUUUGAUGAACAGGAGCCCGAAAGCUUCGUCUCCGAGCACGGUGUCGUGGUGCGAUACCGCAAACCAACGCGCGACAGUCUAAACGAGAAGCUGUGGCCCGAUCCCAAAUACCGUACCAAGGCCAUUCUCCUCUCCGAUGACGACGUUUAUUACCGCCCUGACGAUCUCGAAUUUGUAUUCCAGAUGUGGCGCAAGUUUGGCAGGGACAGGAUGACUGGGGCUCUUGCGCGCUGCGCUACGGCGCUUCCAUCGGGCCAAUGGGACUACAACUUUUGUUCGCAAAAGGAGCACGAAGACGUCUACGCCCUCAUCUUGACCAAUCUGGCAUUCACCCACAUUGCCUUUCUCGACUUUUACUUUUCCGACGACCCUGCUGCCACUAAGAUCCGCAAAUAUGUCGACGAAGCCUUCAACUGCGAAGACAUUGGCCUCAACUUUGUCGCCUCAAUGUUGACUGGCUCGGGCCCCCUUUUAGUUCGUGCCAGCGGCCAGUAUGUCAACCUGGACCCUUCAGGUGGCAUCAGCAGACACCCAGGCCACAUGGAGGCGCGCAGCAAGUGUCUGAAUGUUUUUGCCGAUGCCUUCCAGUGCAUGCCGCUGGUCGACGAGACGGGACGGAUAGAACACGGGGUAAAGCACAAUGUAUGGUACAAAUCCGUGUGGAAUCGGAUUUUCGGAUAG